GUCGCUGGGAAACGGAGGCUGUGCGCUCUUCGGGUCGACACACUGCUUAUUUCUUUGUCAGUACGAUGACUUGUUUGAUCUGAUGGGAUAAUGAAGGUGCCGCUUUUCUAAUAUUCGGACAUAUUGGCGAUCAUUGCGGAUGAGGUCUCUAAUUCCGGGAUGUAGCGGACAUUUUCUGGCCCAAAUGGAACUGAAACAUUGCUCAGUGUCAAGGACAUACUCAUCAUAUUUUUUGAGCUGCUAAUGAUUUCUACUGAAACCCCGGAUUGAGACACAUGCUCUGAUCUUGUGUCAUAAAAGACAAGCCAAGUCAAGAUUUCAGUUUGCCGCGCGUAAUAAUCAGAUUCUAUGCGACGCUUGGCGUGGGGUGUUGCGAGAAUGUGAUCAGACAGGAAUCUCUGGUUUCUCGCUCCGCUGCCUCCAAACAAGAGUCGCUCAUGAUGCCCAGGGCUUUGCGGAGACUGGUCCAUUUGAUGCUGUUCUGCCCUUUAUCCAAAGGCCUGCAGAGUCGUCUCCCAGCCAUAAAGGUGAAGUACCUUCUCCUGGCAUGGCUGGGCAUCCUCAUCAUCAGCUGGAUCGUCUACAUGCAGUACGCCUCCUACUCUGAGCUCUGCCGUGGGCAUGUUUGCCACAUGGUCAUUUGCGAUCAUUACAGAAGAGGGAUAAUAUCAGGUUCAUCCUGCAAGGCGUUGUGCGACCAGAGAACUCUAACUCUGCAACGCUGCAUGUCCACCUCCUCUACACACCAGGUGUACAAUGGACUGUGGAAGGAGAGGCCUGUUGUAAUCAAAUGUGGCAUUGAGGAUCCAGUGAAAGCCGACGGAGCUCCCGACUCCAUUCUGCGACAGGAGAUGAACUUGUUUGACAAACCCACUCGCGGAACCUCGAUGGAUGAAUUUAAAGAGAUGCUGCACACUUUCCUCAAGGUUAACCUUGGUGAACAGCCAUCCUUGAGCACCUUGGUGGACAGGGUCAUCACACUGGCUGAUGUCAACCAAGAUGGCAAAGUGUCACUAGCAGAGGCCAAGUCUAUUUGGGCUCUUCUCCAGAUCAACGAGUUCCUCCUGAUGGUGGCGCUGCAGGAAAAGGAGCACACCCCUAAGCUGCUAGGCUUCUGUGGAGACUUGUAUGUGACAGAGCGUGUGAGCCACAGCUCUCUCUACAGGCUCGAGGUUCCUAAUUACCUGCAGGCACUCAUCCCAGAGGCCUUGAGCUCCAGCCUGAACCACUGGCUCGCACCAGCCUGGCCCCGCAGAGCUCGCAUCACCAUCGGCCUGCUGGAAUUUGUGGAAGAGGUUUUCCACGGCUCUUACGGGAGUUUCCUAAUAUGUGAUGCCAAUCCUUACCAUGUUGGCUAUAAUUCAAAGUAUGACUGCAAGAUGGCCAACCUGGGCAGCGUGGCGUCAGAAGCUGUUGUGCGGGGAUUUUUGAAGGGACGGCGAUGCGAGACGAACGCAGACUGCACGUACAGGCGGGACUGCACAGCCACGUGCGACCGUUUGGUGAAGCAGUGUAACACUGAGGUUGUACAGCCUAAUCUCGCAAAGGUGUGUGUGCUGCUGCAGGAUUAUCUGCUUUUUGGAGCACCUUCAGACCUGCGUGGGGAUCUGGAAAAGCAGCUGCGCACCUGUGUGACACUCAGUGGUUUGGCAAGCCAAAUGGAAGUUCACCACUCACUAGUGCUUAACAACCUGAAGACAUUACUGUGGAAGAAGAUUUCAAACACUCAGUACUCCUGAAAACAGGAUGCUCUAGUAUAAAUGAACUGUUACAUGAAGAUGGGUGAUUUCUGCUUGUGAUCCUUACGCUAAAUAUUUUAGAGGGUUGUGGUUAAUCUUGUAUUUUCACUCCACACUGACUAUGAAUAGCAGGAAACUGUGAACUACCGAAUAUACAAUGUGAAGCAGGCUUAAAUCCUCAUAUAAUCCCCAUCAUGCUUUUGUGUUCCAAUGGGUGUGUUUGCACAUAAUAUUCUCAGGACACUGCCUGUAACUUUAUUUCUAAAAUUCUGUAUGUAAAUAAGAAGUUUUUAA